CCUCAGCCCCAACACCCACCGGCAGCUGCCUGGCCGUCCGUCGUGACGCUGCUGCUGACCAUUGCGCUUCUUUGGCCCCCAAAUGCCCUCGACGACUGACUGACUGUCUGUCUGUCCGACUGAUUUCUUUCCGAACCUCCAUCGCGCUGCUCCUUCUCCCUCCUCUUUUCCCCUCCGCAUCCUUGCUUUCGCCUGUGUUUUGCACCUUCAUUCAUUGUCGUUUGUUGGCCGCCUGCCUGUGUUUGCUCCCAACUCAUCCCCGCACAAACAUAUACACAUACAAACUCCCCACUUUGCUAGCCGCAUUUCAGCCUCAAUCAUACAACACUCAGCUCGCCCAAUCCCCCAAACCAACCCCGCCAUCUUUUUUUUUUGGCUUCCCAACUUACACCUGCCCUCCUCUUUUACCCGUUCAACCUAGGCCUCUAACAACCGUAGCUCCUAGUCAGCAUGGCCUCCUCUCGUCAAUGGGAUGAAUGGGACCAGGAUGAUGAGUGGUACUCCCGCGGCGUUCGCCAUGUCAGUGGAGCAGCGGCACCCCCGCUCCCUACUCGAAGAGUCCGUGACGAUUUCCUCAACCCCCACAACCACGUCCAGUACAGUCAUCACCGAUCCCGAUCCCAAGGAAACUCGCCGCAGCCAAAUGUGACUAUCUACAACACCACCCGCAUGGACAAUGAUCAGAAUCCAAACAUCCGCACGGAGCAAAAGAGUCCGAACCUGAGUCCGCGAGGCCGCACUCGCAGAGUUCCUGGAGGUUGGGAUCUGGAUGAUGAGAUCGAAGACCGCGUCCGACAUGAAGUGAGGAAGAACCGAUCGCGGUCCCGUUCCUCCCCUCAUAUGCAUCACCAUCAUGGCGAUAUACACGCCAGUGAUCUCGAACGAUACAAGCUGGAGCAAGCCAACCAGCGUUUGAGAGAGACAGAAGAGAGGAUAGAGAAUGAGAGGCGAGAGGAACUCAUCAAGCGACGGAUGGAGCUGAAAUAUCUCAAAGAUAGGCACGAACGAGACGAGGAAGAAGCUCGCAUCAAACUCGAGGAAGAUCGCAUGAAGAGGGAAUGGGAGCUGAGGUUGAGUCAUGAAGAACGCAAGCGAAUGGAUCGGGAGCGCGAGAAGUCGGCCGAGCGCGAGCGCUUGGAGAGAGAGUGGGAGCAUAAGCUGUCUCAAGAAGAGAGAAAGCGACUCCAACGCGACAGGGAGCGAUCAGCUGAGCGUAAGCGUAUCAUCGCCGAGGAGAAUGCAAAGAGAGAUCAGAAAGACCGCGAGCGAGAGAAGCUUAUGCGUGAGGCAGAAGAGGAGCGCAAGAGGAUCAUCAUCGAAAACACGGCCAAGAUGGAAAAAGCUGCACGCGAGGCCAAAGAGGCACAGCAACGAGCGGUUGACCAGUACAACAAAGAGAAAGCCGAGCAAGAGCUCAAGGCCAAAAUUGAACGCGAUCGUAUUUUGGCCGAACACGAGGCGAAGAAAAUCGCCGAUGCGGCCAAGGCAAAGGAAGAAAAAGAAAGGUUCCUGAUGCAGCUUAAGAUCGAAGAAGAGCAGCGUAAACAGAAAGAAAAGGAGGAGUACGAUCGUUUCCUGCUCAAGCAGAAGCAGAUUGCACAGGAUGAGAAGGAGAAGAAGGAAAAGAAAGAAAAGGAGCUCGAGGAAGAGAUGCGUCACCGACUAGCGCAUUUUGGUUUCCAAGAGAACCAAAUUCAAGCCAUGAUCAGACCCGAAGAAGCCAAGAAACUCCAGCAAGGCCAGUCACCUGCGAAUCCCUUGCGGCUAGGACAUCAACCGACCUAUGUCAAGGUCCACAAAGAGCAUUUGGCGGUCGAUACUUUGGUGUAUUAUGAUAUUCCCUACGAAAUUGACAGAACCAAUCCCGACUACAUAGUCAUCCUCCAGGAGAUGGAACCUAGAGACACAGAAGUGCUUUUCGAACACACCCGCCGCCUUCGUACAAGGGGCGGCGGAUCGCGUCUUCUCAUCGAGGAGCGUCACGAUCAUCACAGUAAACCUGAGUAUGCAUGGGUGAGGAGAAGAAAGUCUGUAUCGCGUUCACCCUCGCGCCGUCGAAGCUCACCACCCAAGAGGGUCGUUGGAAUCAAGGAGAUGUUUUAUUGA